AUGCCCGCCGGUACCCCCAAUAGUCGCCGAGGGAAGAAUUCCUCCUUGACCAUCGUCUUGAAGGUGCCAGGGCACUCGUUGGCCCAAAUCAUGCUCAACAGUCAGGGCACUCCAGACACGAAGGACCGCUCGUCACCAGCUUCCUCGGGGGAACCCCCCGUGGUCCGUCCCUCCUCCGCCGACAAUGGCUCUGACGACACCAACUCGACACCCGCCACUGGGGCGACACCAGGCGACACGCCGCGUCGGAAAGCUGUCCCGGGUCCAAAGCCAGGCAAUAAACGAACAAACGGGCAAGCCGACGCCAAGUCGCGCGGGCGACCCGGCCCCAAGAAGAAGCCCAAGAUUGAUGAAGGCGAUAAAUUACCCGCCGCCCAGCGCCUUGGGCCCAAAGCCAACACAGGCGCCAUCAACGCUGGCCUACGCGCCCUCGACCGCACCGGUUCUGCCUGCCGCAAGUGGGAGCGCAAACCGCUGCAACUGCGCAGCUUUACUGGCAUCAUGUGGCAGCUCCCCUCGUGGCGCACACCUGGCAUCGCAGACAAGCUCGAGAGUGAGAGCAAGCUGCUUGCGCCAGAUUUCAGCAGUGCAGUGCCAAGUGAGAAGAGUGGGGAUGGGGAUGUUACGCCUGCAUCGCAAAUGGUGGAACCCUCAUCGCCGGCCAUUCUGGCUGCAUAA